UUCACAUUGAAUUCUUCUGUAUCGGCUCGUGACAAUUUUCCGAUUCGUUGCAGGCGUGGGGCAGGGAAGCAUUGAAGUGGUUUUGGAUAAAUAUAACUCACUUGUGUUAUCUUUAUCCUUUAACUUAUUGUAGGGACAAGAUUCUUUAAAUUAUGCAGACUCCGAAAGCAAGAAGCGGAUCCUCAGAAGUGCCACAAAGGGUCUCUCAUCGAGCUGUUCGUCAACUCAAACCAACCACAAUAGAGACUGGAGCUGUAUCUAGUCCCAAGUCUACUAGUAGAACUUCAAAAGAGAAGAGCCCUAAAGUUGUUGAUCGUCGUUCACCUAGAAGCCCAGCCUCUGAGAAGAAGCGCCCGAGCAGAAUAUCUGAAUUGGAAGCACAGAAUUCACAGCUUCAAGAAGAACUAAAGAAGGCAAAGGAUCAACUAAAUUCAUCUGAAUCAACCAGGAAGCAAGUUGAGCUGUCUGCAAAGGUCGAGGAUUCUGAAGUCCGCAAGGUCUCACAAGAACGGGAUCAAGCAUGGCAGUCAGAGCUUGAAGCUAUACAGAGGCAGCAGUCUCUUGACUCAGCAGCUUUGGUCUCGGCCGUGAAUGAGAUUCAACGACUUAAGGAUCAGCUUGAAAUGGUGGCUGAAUCCGAGGCUGCACAGACCAAGCGAGCAGAAUCAGCACAAUCGGAGCUUCAGAGCUUGAAAGAAAACCUGGUCGAAACUCAAUCUCUUGUAGAGGACAUGAAAAAACAGCUUAAGGAUAGCCAAGAAUCGGAAGCUCGGGCCCAAUCAUUGGCGAAUGAAACUCAGAUACAACUAGAAGCUGCAAAAGAAACUGUUGAAGCACUUAGGUCGGAAGGCAUGAAAGCCGUUGAAGCUUACAACUCCAUUGCUUUUGAAUUGGACCAGUCAAGGAAACGUGUUUAUUCACUUGAAGGACUUGUUAACAAACUGAAGGCAGGCAUGACUGAUGCUGGUGGCAGUCUCUUUAUUGAGUCUGAUGGUAACUGUAUUGCUGUUGAUCAUCAAGCUGGAGAAAGCAAGAAACCCGAGGAAUCUCGCCAGCUUGAAGCAGAGAUUUCUUUAAAGUCUGAGGUGGCACGUUUAAGAUCUGCUCUUGAAACUGCUGAGACUAAAUGCCAUGCAGAAGAAACCCAAGGCACCAUAAAGAUAAACAGUGCUCAUGAACUGGUUGAGCAGAUAAAAUCUGAAGCAAACUCGAGAGAGGCCGAGCUGUUAGCUGAACUGGAGAAGGCAAACAUUGUUAUUACUGACUUGAAGGCAAAUAUGAUGGAUAAGGAAACUGAGUUGCAGUGCAUCUCAGAGGAAAAUGAUGAGCUUCGCAUGAAACUUGCACAAAACCUGUCACGCCAACAAGAAUCCGAACUUGAAAAAGAGCUGAAAUUAUUGAACGAAGCUAUUGUUGAUCUGAAGGCAAAUAUGAUGGAUAAGGAGACUGAGCUUCAAAAUAUAUCAGAGGAGAAUGAGAUGCUCAGGUUGGAAAUCAGUAAAAGGGACAUGGACAAAGGUAAAACAAAUGAGCUAGACGAGGCAAGGGCUGCCGAGCGAGAAGCUAUUAUGAAGCUUGGACUUGCAAUGGAGGAGGCUGAUAAGAAUAACAGGAGAGCUGCCAGAGUGGUUGAACAGCUUGAGGAUGCUCAGACUGCCAAUUCUGAGAUGGAAGCAGAGCUGAGAAGGUUAAAGGUGCAAUCUGACCAGUGGCGCAAGGCCGCAGAAGCAGCUGCUACAAUGCUUUCGGCAGGCAAUAACGGGAAGUUCAUGGAGAGAACUGGUUCAUUGGAUAGCAAUUAUAAUCCUGUUAAGGGCAGGGUUGGCUUACCUUAUACCGAAGAUUCAGAUGAUGAGUUGCUGAAGAAGAAAAAUGGGAACAUGCUGAAGAAGAUUGGGGUUUUGUGGAAGAGGCCACCGAAAUAGGCCACCAUGAGGCAUGCCAAAUAUACCUUUUUAUCAAAAUUGCA